UUGUUAAAGUUUAUUUUUAAUCCAGAUGCUAAUUCAAAACAGUAUAAGAUCAGUUUCAAAACUGUCAGCUGCUCUCUUUUGUUUUUACAGAAAACUAAAGUAUCAUCAGCAUAUUGAAGGCAGCAAACCUUCUGGGACAUAUUAAUAGGACCCAAACCUUCUAGAGGCAAAUUAUAAUUAAACUAUGUUUUUGUCAAUCUAUUCUUUGUAAAAGCAUAAUAUAUGCGGAAUUUCUGGAUAUAAGAAUACAAUUACGUGUAAUUGUUUUGAUAAUUUUGGUAUUGGUUUUAUUCAUUUUUUUGCUUCCCUGCUGAGUUGUUGAUAUGGGCCGGCCAGACAUUUAACUCUCUGACCACAGAUUUGUUCAUUUGAUAAUAAUAUUGAUAGCAUGCAGUUUCAAUUUUGCGUUUACACUCGGAUCCCAACUUACUGUUUGUGAUUUAUUUUCAGUUGAUUUUUUUCAAAAAACUUUUCCAUUAAAGAUACUGUGAUGGGACUAUUUUUCAUGUUCUGUGAUGUCACAAAGACCAUUGUUGGAAAUGAUUCCUAAGGUGAUAAAACUGAACCUGGAUAUUUCUUGGUUUCUCCAAUGUUUCCAUUUACAGACUCGUCUAAUGUCUUCUAUGGAGUUAGGCAAUUUUAAGAGCAUUAUAUAGCUAACUCACUGUUUGACACCCUAUCCUGUACCCUUGAGUUAGUUAGAGAAAUCUAUUCAUAGCCAGAACUGAAGAUGGACAUUGCUAUUUUGUUAUCUAAACAAAUUCCGGUUGGCUUAUUGUUCAGAAUAUAUUAAUUAUUAUCCAACUUACUGGAAUUAUAAGACUUAAAAAAAAGGCGGAAAGCAUGUCAAUACUGCUUGCUAUAGUGCAGAUUAGUGGACCAAGCAUCCAAUAUAAACUUUUUACCCUUUUCCCUUCAAGAAGCUCAGACCAUUGGUAGCAAGGCGCAAUGUGGGUGAAAAGUCCCUUUAAGCGCACAUGCACAAGACGCAAUGCAAUACAAAUGCCCGAUUGAAGCAAGGUGCCACCACACAUUAUUUUUCAAGAAUGCCGUGGCCUUCCAGGUAUAUGCAGUCUUAACUAGAGCUCUAAACUCAAGCAACAAAACGGAACCUCCCCCCUACAGUACUGUAGCCCUAGCCGGCAUCGGCACCGGUGCUCUCCAGAGCCUAAUUCUAAGCCCAGUAGAGCUCGUCAAGAUCCAGCUUCAACUACAAACCACAGGUAAACAUCAGAAGCAAACUCAAGGGCCAAUGUGCAUGGCGAAAAAAAUCCUAAGGACCGAAGGUCUAAAAGGUAUAUAUCGAGGCCUAUCAAUAACAGUUCUUCGAGAUGCUCCAGCUCACGGUGUUUACUUCUGGAGUUACGAAUUUGCUCGAGAGAAGCUUUAUCCGGGAUGCAGAAAGAGUGGGCAAGAGACCCUUGCGACUAUGCUUUUUGCUGGCGGGUUAGCAGGCGUGGCAAGUUGGGUAUGUUGCUACCCAUUAGAUGUUAUCAAGUCUAGGAUUCAAGCGCAGUCAGCAUCUCACGGGGAGAAAUAUCAGGGAAUUGUCGAUUGUCUUGUUAAGAGUGUGAGAGACGAAGGGUACCCAGUGUUGUGGAGAGGAUUGGGGACUGCUGUGGCUCGAGCUUUUAUCGUUAACGGGGCUAUUUUCUCUGCAUAUGAAUUGGGUCUGAGAUUUAUGGUGAACAACAGCAAUCAAGGGAUUAUGCUUGAGGAGACAGUUCAGAAUUCUCCUUGAAUGAGCAUCAUAUGCUUCACUAGAAGGCAAUUGUUCUGCAACCAAACGAUUGCAAAUGUGAAUAGAACAAUAUUAGAACAUAUAUCUAUAUUUGUUGUUGUACUCCACUUAAUUUUUUCCCCAGUAGCUGGGAAAGGAUGGAAACCAUUUUGAAUAAGGAUAUCAUUUCGCAGAUUGAUUAAAGGUAUGAAGUCUAGUUCACGUUUCCUAUGACCUGUGCUGCAUAUUUUAUUACUGUGAACUACAGGAUAUAGUCUGGGCAUCA